AUCAGUGUUUCAGCUCCUCAACCUCAACAGUGGUGGUCGUCGUCUCUUUUGGAUCUGAUGGCUUUCCGUACUCAAGGCUGUUUAUUUCUGUCCUAUUCCGCUACUUCUACAUUUCACUCUGUGAUAAAAGCUUUACUCUUGAAUUAUCUGCGCUACUUUAACAGCGUCCUUCAGCUGUUGUAUUUCAGAGAUCAUUCAAUGUGCACAACAUGAACGAAGAUCCUGAGCACUUGUUUCCAGCAGACGAUGGUUUAUUCGAGGAGACGUUCAGCGCAGACAGCACAUACCGAGUUUCAGGACAGAACAUCAGAAUUCAUCAGUAUUACUGCGCAAACCUCGGCGUAGCGGCUUCAGUGUGGGACUCCGCUCUCCAUUUAUGUCAGUUCUUUGAGAAGGUGUCUCUGGAUCUCAGUGGGAUGAGGGUAAUAGAGUUGGGAGGAGGAACGGGUCUUGUUGGCAUAGUGGCUGCACGAUUAGGAGCCCAUGUGACCAUCACAGACUUACCUUUUGCCCUUUCUCAAAUAGAGAGGAAUGUAGACGCUAACGCCCCUCUCUCAGGGUGGCCCUCAGAUGCCCCCGCUGUAUUACCGCUUUCAUGGGGACACGACCAGAACAGAUUCUCUUCCAGCUGGGACUUCGUGCUGGGCGCUGAUAUCAUCUACCUGCCCGAAACGUUCCCUCUCCUUUUGGACACACUGGUUCAUUUGAGUAAGGAUGGUGCUGUUGUCUACCUUGCAUCAACAAUGCGCAGAGAGCACGGCACUCAGGACUUCUACGACAGUGUGUUACCGCAGAUGUUCAAGGUGGAGCUCGUGCAACGAGAUCCUGAGAGCAAUAUCAACAUUUAUAAAGCCACUUUGAGAUGAGCCAAACAUCCUUCCAUCUAUCCAUCCUCCAAACUGCGUUUCCCAUGUAUGUUUUCAGGGAUAUUGGAGCCGUUCUCAAUGUCUUUGGCCAUAAACCGGGAAACACCCUGAAUGGAUGGCCAGUCCGUCAGACAUAUUAAUGAAUUUUAUAUCUGGAGCUGAGUGGUUUGAAUAUAUACUUUAUGUAUGAAUUUAUUUAUAAAUAAAAAUUAUAGACAUAUUGUACACUUCAGUAAAAUUGAUGUUUUCCAUUAAAUUCAUACAUUCUUGUAA